CCUCCCGACGCCGCCAUUUUCGCCUCUUUGUUCGCCAAGUUGAGCGUUAUUUCCCGUCUUAUCCUCGACCUCGGGCGCCGCACACCUCGUCCAACGCCGUCCUCGCACUUGUCAACGCCUCCCCCCGCGAGGAGCAAGGCCGCCGGAGCUCCGCACGCCGUCGCCCGAGGGAAGUUGAAAAUUGAGAUAUGGAUGGCCAUGGCCAAGCAGAGAAAGAGGCAAGCGAAGUGCUUCGAUCUUUUAAUAUCCUAGGAGCACCCGCAUCUGCACAGAACGAACCUCAGAAUCUAUCAACAAACACCUCACAGCCAAUGGUAAUGGUGCCCCCACACCCUCCGCCGCAAUGGCACAUACAUCCCCAACCCGUACACAUCAUGUACCAGUCGCAUGGGAAUCCCCCAGUGUCCCAGGCUGACAAUAAUAGCAACCAGCAAGCGCCAAAUGGGCAGCCACAACAGCAGCAACAGCAGCAGCAGCAACAGCAGCAGCAACAACCACCACCCCCCCAAGGACCUCCUCAGCUUGCCCACAUGACAGCAGACCAGUUGUCACAGCUUCAGCCUCCUCCCCUGGAACAUUCCAUUUGGUCGACAACUGAUAUGGAUGGACAAAAUGGCAUGAAUUCAAACUACAACAUGGGUGAUUUGCAAAGUCAGGAAGGAGACACGACAUUGAACACCAAUGACAUAAACGAAGAAGAACAGGAAACAAAACCCAAGAUCAAGAAGGAGGUCAAAAAGAAAAGGAAACUUGCAGAUCUCUUAGCAGAAGGUAUAGAUCCUACCAAGUUAGAAGAGAACAGUGACCAGGUGAGGGAAAGAUUUGAGAAAGGAUGCGAGUGUGAAGGUGACAACUGCUUUAAGAAUAUGAAUCCCGAGUUUGUAUUUAGACACAGACUGAACAUUGCCGAACUGACCAAGAAUGAACAUGACAUGUAUCUGAUGGGAGUGACGAUGGCAUGUUUAGCGAAUCCCGAAGAAACCUCUCGGCACAAAGAGAGAAAGAGGCUAAGGGCAUCGUAUGUUUUCCAGGGGAAGAAAGUGUGCUUAGACGCUUUUCUGUAUUUGGAAAACUGUACUCAUUACCAGUUGAAAGCCAUCAGAAAGCACGUCAUGGUGAAUGGAGUGACACCAAGAGUUCACGGUAAUCACGGAAAGAAACCCCCCAACACAUUCCCACUUGACACAUACCAGCACGCGGCCGCUUUCUUGCAGAGUUACAUUGCUCGAUAUUCACCAAACACGAAUACUCCAAAGAAACCAAACAAAUCUGGCAAAUCGCCACCAGUUUACCUGCCAGCUGACAUUACGCGCAAGAAAAUCCACAAUGCAUAUAAGGAAUACUGUGAACACUUUGAGCCUGAUGUCAAGGUCAUGGGAUAUUCUUCAUUCAGACACUUCAUGAAGGAACAGUUUCCCAACGUCAAAUUCUUCCGAAUGGACAAGAAGGCUGAACGCGCCAUGGGCCAGAGUGAUGACGAUGACGAUGAUAAUGAUAACAGUACUGGGGCACAGAAUCAGCAGGCUCAACAACAACAGCAGCAGCAACAGCAACAGCAGCAACAACAACAGCCAGACCAGAGACAAGACCAACGGGUUGAAACAGGAGCACAACAAGUUAUGCAACAGCAGCAGGCAGCACAAGCUCCACAAGAACCUCCAAAAGAUGCCAGGAACACUCCUCCAGUUUCCGCAGCAGCACCCACGUCCGCUGUACCUCCCAACACCCAUCCAGGUGUGCCGGUCUCCAUGCCUCACGCUCCCAUCAGCACCAACUACCCCUCGUAUUCUCACGUUCAGUUACCUCUUAAUUUACAGACUCAACAGCCAUUAUACUCUGCUUGUAUGCAGCCAGGCAUGUUUCCCCCUGGUCAAGCCCCAACGCAAGUGCGACCCACAGGCUUUCCGUACACUAGCCUGUAAGGGGAUAUCGGUUAUCUGUGAGUCAGUGCACCUCAAGUAUUGUUGAAAUCUCAUUAAUUACAAUCUUCCUCCAGAUAAAAGUUCUGUAGUGGCUGUCUCGUUCAGCUAAGAGGAGCCAUGACCAGUUAUGGUGCCAGAUUGAAAGUACAAGAGUGCUACUCAUUGCCACCAUGAAGGUGCUGGUUGAAGGAGCUGCACCUCGAGUGUUCCAUUCACAUUUGUAUUCCUGCUUUUAUAUGUAGGAUUACAGUGAUAUUGAUGGUCUCCUCAUUCUUCAGGGGUUAGCCUUAGGAGUGGGAUCAUGUAAGCCCAUGUUCCUUUUUCAGGAGUUGUGUUGGUGAAUGAAGUAAUAAUCAAUAGGUGCCCCAGAUUUCAAAUAGCAGUGCCUAGGGCUUUCAUUCCCCAUCCUAAAACUAGAGGUUAGUGAUGUAGUUAUAGUGCCUGAAGAUGCAAGAUCACAAUGUAAAUAUGUGGCAGCUGAUUCUUCUUAACACUCCUCAAACUGUAAUUAACCAUAUCUAUAUAAGGUCCGUUAAUUACAUCUUACUUCUUGUACAGUGUAUCAUAAGGCAAAAAGUCCGAGAUCAGUUGCUGAAAUGGUCUUAUCCAGAUUUCCAGAAAUUUGUAAAGAACCUCAGGCUAAAAUCUACAGUUUUAUAUGAUAUUUGAAAUCAGAUCUAAAUUUAGAAGAUCAAUUUCCUGUAGCAAUCAACAUAAAAAAUAUCAAAAAUGAAAUGCCAGUGGUAUUAUGAGUAAAAAGCUACAGACAAUGUGCCUGUACCAUAUCAUGCUUUCACAUCAUUUCAUAACAUUAUCAUCACAAAAGGUCACCCAGUUUAACUUGAUUAGUUUUAUAGAACUAGUGUAAAUCAUUUUCUAUCACUCCUCAUACCAUACGGGCAUUGAAUAUAUAUGGAGUUCCAAGCCAUUGAUUAGGCCUUAGCUUUCCCAAUUGUUAAACUUAGGUAAUGUAAUAUAUGACAUGAGUAGGUAAUGUUUUUAAGUAAUUUUUGACCAUUCCAUUCCAAAUGGGCAUUAAUUUCCAUAUCCAGUUGCCAAUGAUUACCUCUUCAAGAGAGAUGGUAGAAUUUGAUUGAAAGCGUGUGUAAAUAUGAAAGCGAUGGUGGACGAAGUGGCUUAUAAGGCAUAAUUAUGUUGAAACAUGGAUUGUGAGACUGGUUGCUAUGUAGCCAUAUAUAGAGUAUGAACACAAGGCAAAAGUUUGCUGUACAAUUAUUUUGAGAAGCCUUGGUAGCAACUUUUUUACAGUUCUGUAAACGCUGUGCCAAACAGGGCAUAUGACAUGCUCUUAUUCUGUCUCAAAGAAUUUUUUUUAUUAAUUUAUUAAUUUAUUUUUGUGCCCUAAAUGAUUAAGCUUCACAUAUGCUAAAUAUAAUAGCAUACGUGACUAGGUUGCCUUUGGAGACUUGGUAAUUAAUGUACCAUUAUGAAGAAUGUACAUUUUCUUAUGUUUCAAAUAUGCAAUUUCCUGGGGUCUCUGCUGUAUAUUUUUAUUUGUAUAUGACAGCCAGGAUUAUGGAAGGCAUUAUGAUCGUGUUCAUAUUCACAGAUUAGAUUUACACUGAAGUUAUUUAAGGUCUAUUUAUUUUCUUUUUUUAAUAAUAUCAAACAAAAAGGAAAAAAAAAAGCCAGUUUGGCAAAGGACUUUUGAUGUUAAUUUAACAUAUGCAUAAUCAUGUAUAGAGGAUAGUGCUAGACCUUAUUGAGAAAUAUAUUUUGUUUAAUUUUUGAUCUAUAAAUUCCCAUACAACAGCUCUCAAUAAUGGUUGGGUCAGAGACUUUGAAGGUGGUUACUGCAAGAUGGAAGUAUUUCCACAGUUUAUAUCAAUGAGUAUUACUAGAAGCUUUUGUGCGACUUAUGGUCUCAGUUCCUUGCAUCUGAACUACAUGGAGAGGGAAUUCAGUUCAUGAACUGGAUGUAUCCACAAAGAUUCCACAAAAUGUAAAGGGUAAUUUUUGUAUAAAAAGCUAACAAAUGUAAUAGAAUAAUAAACUGUGAUAUGAAAGUA